AUUAGUACGCAAUUAAUUUCUUGUGAAUUCCGCUGCGUCACCUCUUACCAUGCCAAAAAUCAUGUGACCGAAUUCCAUCAAUUCCUCGUACAAAACCAAACCAAUUCUAAAACCCAAAUCACACACGCGCUUGGUAUUGUUGAUGACAAACCUUCCACUUCCGUCACCCUCCCCCUCCCGCUCCUUCUUCACCAAACUCCUCCACUGCACCCACCACAAGAACCUCAAACACGCCCAAACCCUCCACUCCCAAAUCAUCCAAACCGGCUCCUCCUCCUGCCCCUUCAUCGCCAACCCCCUCGUCAACCUCUACGCCAAAUGCCACCGCCUAACCGAAGCCAAGCUAGCCUUCGAAGAAAUCAAAUACAAAGAUGCUGUCUCCUGGAACUGCCUCAUCAAUGCCCACUCCCAACUGGGUGGGCCCCAGAACUCCGCCUCUGUAAUGCACCUGUUCCGACGCAUGGUGAGGGAAGCAAACGAAAAUGAUGUUUACCCAAAUGGGCACACCUUCACGGGGGUUUUCACCGCCGUGCCGGACUUGGGAAAAAACCCCUUGGGUGCCGGAAAGCAGGGGCAUUCGCUGGCAUUGGCGUUUGGCUGUGGUUGCGAUGUUUACGUUGGUAGCUCUUUGGUUAGCAUGUAUUGUAAACUGGGUCUUGUUUGUGAUGCACGUAAGGUGUUUGAUAGAAUGCCUGAGAGGAAUUCAGUUACUUGGGUUGCUAUGAUUUCUGGGUACGCGGCGCAGAGGCUUGGCGUGGAAGCUGUGAGGGUUUUUAAUUUGAUGGUGGGUUUGGGAGAGGAGGGUUUGAAUGAGUUUGUAUUGACUAGUGUUCUUAGUGCUUUUGCCAUGCCCGAAUUUAUCGCAAGUGGGAAGCAAAUUCAUUGUCUUGGUAUUAAAAGCGGGCUUCUAUCAGUUGUGGCGGUUGGAAAUGCGGUUGUGACCAUGUAUGGGAAAUGUGGGAGCUUAGAUGAUGCUGCCAAAACAUUUGAGUUGCUUAGUGGUAAGAAUACGAUUUCGUGGUCGGCUUUGAUCACUGGUUUUGCGCAAUCCGGGGAUUCUGAAAUGGCAUUGGAAAUGUUUUCGAAGAUGAAUCGUUCUAUGGUGAAACCUAGUGAGUUCACCCUUGUUGGAGUCCUCAAUGCUUGUAGCGACAGUGGUGCUGCUAGAGAAGGAAAGCAGGUGCAUGGUUCUUUGGUAAAACUGGGCUUUGAAUCUCAAAUCUAUAUCAGGACAGCUAUGGUUGACAUGUAUGCAAAAUGUGGUUGCGUAGCCGAUGCUAGGAAGGGGUUCGACUUUUUACAAGAACCUGACAUUGUUUUGUGGACUUCGAUGAUUGGAGGGUAUGUGCAAAAUGGGGAGAAUGAAGAUGCUCUUGUCUUGUAUGGUAAAAUGCAGAUUGGAGGUAUCUUUCCAAACGAGCUUACAAUGGCUAGUGUUCUAAAAGCCUGUUCAAGCCUUGCUGCUUUAGAACAGGGAAAGCAAAUCCAUGCCCGGGUGGUCAAGUACGGGUUUAGUCUGGAAAUUCCAAUUGGAAGUGCUCUCUCGAGUAUGUAUGCAAAAUGUGGAAGUCUUAAUGAUGGGAACCUUGUCUUCAGGAUGAUGCCCACACGGGAUGUAAUCUCAUGGAAUGCUAUGAUGUCUGGGCUCUCCCAAAAUGGAUAUGGCAAUGAAGCUCUUGAACUUUUUGAGGAGAUGCUGUCUAAAGGAACAAAGCCGGACUAUGUUACUUUUGUUAACGUUCUCUCUGCUUGUAGCCACAUGGGCUUGGUAGAAAGAGGUUGGAUUUAUUUCAAUAUGAUGUCCAAUGAGUUCCGUAUAGUCCCACGAGUAGAGCAUUAUGCAUGCAUGGUUGAUCUUUUGAGUCGUGCAGGGAAGCUCACAGAAGCUAAAGAAUUUAUCGAAUCAACACCUACUGAACAUGGCUUAUGUUUGUGGCAGAUCUUAUUAAGCGGUUGUAGGAACUAUCGAAACUAUGAUUUGGGAGCCUAUGCAGGGGAGAAGUUAAUGGAGUUGGGCUCAAAAGAAUCAUCUGCCUAUGUCCUGUUGUCUAGUAUCUAUACUGUGUUGGGUAGGAGGGGAGAUGUGGAACGGGUGAGGGGGAUGAUGAACCUUCAGGGGGUGAAUAAGGAGCCUGGGUGCAGCUGGAUUGAGAUGAAGAGUCAGAUUCAUGCGUUUGUUGCUGGGGACCAAAUGCAUCCACAAGAUAAACAAAUACGUGCAGAGGUACAAAGAUUGAGCAAGCUGAUCAUGGAUGAAGGUUACAAACCUGUUUUUGAUUUACUUUCUGCUGACUUGGAAAGCUGAGAUAAUGAAGAAAUUCUAGUCUCUGGACCAAGCGUUUAUCGAGCCCAUUUAUUGGCAAGUAACUCCGUUUCCCCUGAUACAUGAGUCUUAACAUGAAAAAGAUCCCAGAGUUUCAUCCUUGUAGGGUGGUUCAUGACAGGGCUGAUAAAAACGGUCAUCCAGGGAAAGGCAGGAUGGAAGUUGGAAAAGGCUUUGGCUUUGAUUCACACAGACGGACAAAAGAUUUGUUUCUAUACAGUGAUGUUGGCAUGAGUUGAGCCGGUGGACAAGAAUACAUCUCUGUCAUAUUUAUAUGCAAGAUGGAAGAAGUUAUUUCACAGAUUUGCUCGAUGUUGAUGACCAGCCGCUUAACUCUUUAACCCCAACUCAGUGGCUACUGGCUAGUGCUGAUGUUGUCACUUUCAACCUGUCUGAAUUGUGCUUUCAGUCAUGCGCAACUUUUCUUUGCCUGGUUUUCUUGUUGAAGAAUGGAUCCGUGUGAAUGAUUUGUGAGCUUCUGACAUCUUGUGGCAAUAAUCAUAGGGAUUACCAAAAUACUGAUCAUUAUCCAUCUUUGCCCAUCUCUUGUUUGCCAAGGAGAGUGGAGAAGAUUGCUCUUUGGUUGGAGGCUAUUCAGGUAGGUUUUCUUGGUAGUGGCGCAUCUGUAAAUUGUCCCAUUUAUGAUGAUUGAUGAAACUUUGUCUGUUCAUAUUUUAAGAAACAAUUGUUUCCCUUACACAAGAUCGAACUCUAUGUGCAAAGAAAAAUGGUUUGCGAUCUUUUCCCAUGUCAAUCACUUUCAUGAUUCU